GAAGUAUGGAGAAGCAAAGCUCGACUUAAAGCCCUGGAUCGUGGCGCUGUAUCCCUGGACCUUGAGAGACGGGCAAGUCUAUCUGCCGUAGGAUGCCUCGGCAUAUAUAUACCCUCUGGAUGGUCCUCCUUUCCAGACCUUCUUCUUGAGCCCAUCCCCAGUCGAUCGUUUUUCCAAGGGCAAGAUAUUUAUCUUCCCUCUCACAUUCGCUACUUCACUCUGGUCAACCUCGGACCAUCAUGGCCGCUAUCAGGUCGUUCGCUGCCACCUUGGCGGCGGUUGCUCUCGUUAACCAUGCUCACGCCACCAACAUCGACCUGCCUCCAUGUGUCUCUCCCUUCAAGCCCUUUGUCUACUCCGGCUGUUUCCAGGAUGGCAACCCGGCCGCUCUGAGCUUCCGCAGCGAUGAGGACAGCCAGACUAUGACCGUCGAGAAGUGUAUGGCUGAGUGCAAGGGUAACGGCUACCGAUAUGCCGGACUCGAGUAUUACGGCGUGUGCUUCUGCGGAAACACGGUCGCCGGUGCUCAGCUGGACGAGUCCGAAUGCAGCUUCCCCUGCACCGGCGACAAAUCCCAGACUUGCGGUGGAAACAACCAGCUCUCCGUCUACCAGGAUCCAACCUUCUUGCCCAUUGACGAGGUCACUGUCGAGGACUACGUUCCUCUUGGCUGCUGGAGCGAUGACUCGACCCAGGGCCGCGCUCUCUCUUGGCCCCAGGAUCAAGUCAAUGGCGACUCGCUCACCACCGAGAGCUGCUUGAAGGCUUGCCGGGAUGGCGGUUACCCCUUCGCCGGUACCGAGUAUGGCGGCGAAUGCUGGUGCGGUAUGGUCAUCGGGUACGAUACCUAUUCCGCCCCUGAGUCUGAUUGUUCGAUGCCCUGCAACGGGGAUUCUUCCGAGACAUGCGGCGGUCGAGCUCGCCUGAGCCUCUAUGUCGCCAAGGAGCUCGAGUCUCUGGAGCCUUGCGGCUAUGUCCCGCCAUCUGAGCCGACCACGACACCGCCUCCCACAACAACUCCCCCGCCAACCACCACUCCCACCAGCUCUGUCUGCGUGUCUACAACCACUGUCCCCUCCAAGUGUGAAUACGGAUGCGGAAAGUGGUGCUCCAACGAGCUGCCCGACUGGGACAAUGCCUCGAACUGCAGGUCUAGCCACUCGAGCUGCAAGCUCCAGAUCACCGCCUGCUUCAAGAACGCCGGGUGGCCCGCAGCCAUGGACUGCUUCGACUUCGCCGGCUGGUGCGCGGGCAUCAACGACUACUGCUCCACCUCGAAGAAGCGCACCAUCUUCAACAAGAAGGACUGCUUCUCCAGGUUGCCACCCAAGGGCGGCAAGCCGCCGACCACCAAGACGGUGACCGUCCCCUGCAAGCCCACCACGACGGCCAAGACCACGACCAAGCCCACCACCACGACGUCGACGCAGUGCCCGAUCCCGACCGUCACCAACAUCUGCAAGCAGCCGACGAGCAACAAGGACGGCUACGGGCCCGGCAACCCCGUGGGCGGCGUCGAGCUCCCCGUGGUGACGUGCAAUGACCUGAAGAACGACUUCACCCAGAAGCCGUUCAAGCUGUACACGGACAGCGACAGCUCCCGGUGCUCGGGGUACCCGCGGACGCGCGUCCCCGACGCCUGCGCCGACGCCUGCAAGGCCCAGUACGACGACUGCGUGACCGUCUACGCCGAGGGCUGCAAGGCCGCCAACGGCGGGUCCAGCGGCUCCAGCUACUGGGACGUGCGCGGCGGCUGGGGCCCCAACGGCUGGAGCGCCGGCAACAAGGGCGGCCCGAGCUCGCCCCCGGGCUUCUUCGGCGGCGGUGGUAGCGCCUGGGGCGGCUGGUGGAAGCGGGACGGCGACAAGACGUACUUUGACUACGCCUCCAGCUCGCCGGCGAACGUCAGGCGGACCUUUGGCGGGUGGAAGGAUAACUACAGCACUGCCUCCAAUAAGUGCAAGACUCAGUACACCGACUGCCUCUCUGAGAACAAGAAGAUCAAUGUUGACAAGAAGUGCAACCGGUGGGGACAGGACUGGUGAGGGAUUCGACUAUGUACGGCGCAGUAAUUCUUAAUGUUUUUGGUUUGUAAUUUUGGGAUUGGACGGACCAUCUACUGGA